AUGAACAGCUCUCCUGCAGCGGUCGAGGGAUAUCCUAAGCUGGCAUGCCACAUGGACGCACAUCCCGAAAGUUCUAUAUAUCGUCGAUUUGGCAGCCUCAAUCAUAGAAACCUUCUUUAUCUGCAAGCAGAAUUGGUGCAUCUCGAGACCCAGCUUCUACAGCUAGAACACCGCGACAAGCAUAGCCAAGUCGGUAGCUCCUCGAUAUAUUCGAAAGAUUGGUAUUGGCUCAGUUGUUCUGCCGAAGAUGGAAAUUCAGAGCAGCUGCAAACGGUUCGUAUCAUUCGAAAGAAGCUCAAGCAAUACAAUGAUGCGGUCAUUCAGCAAUCAACGAUUCAAAACCUUCCUUAUCCCCGAGCCCACGCUCUAAAAGUUCUUUGGGAGUGGCUUCGAAGGCCUUCAAUGGGUAAUCGAGGCCUCGUUGGGCUCGAUCAUCAAAUUUGGGGUGGUGAAGACAGUCCUGCGAACCACAACAUCGAUUUAUUAAGCCUCGACGCUACCAAGAAUGCGGACGUCUUUUCGAACUGGUUCUCGGAAAAACUGUUAGUUUUCUAUCACAUAGUAAUCGGUAGCCGUUUCCAAAGACGAGUCGAUAUUGAAUCCGGGGUCUGUUCCUAUCAGGGCCACAUAAUCCAUAGGUGUAUCAGCUGUAUUACAGUCGUGGUGGCUUCCUUGAUACCGGUUCUAGCCAUCGCUGUUCUCUUCUGUGUAAGCUCAAUGAAGAUUCGGUUGUUGUUGGUGGCACUCUUUACAGUCAUCUUCACGAUGUCUUUGACCAUAUUGACAAGCGCUAAGAAGGCAGAGAUUUUUGCGGCAACCUCAACGUUUGCCGCCGUACAAGUGGUGUUCAUAUCGACUCAGCAAUUAAGUGGAUGA